GGUUUGGUGAGUCGGUUUGUCGAGUCGGUUUGUCGAGUUUUCUGUAGUUUUUUGUGUUUUUUGGUUGUUAUUUCCUCAUGUUUAGCUUUCAAUAGGCUUGUUGUUAAUGUAUAACUUAACUGUGGGGUGAAUAAAUACAGAAAAAGCGAAAAUUAGAAAAUGUGAAAGGAAUCACGGCCAAAGAAAGCAGAUACGCGUAGUAUUACUGUCAUUACCAGCUUACCCCGUUUCUGCCUCGGAGAAUUUUGUAGACUUCUCUGUCUUUCCACGCUGAAAACAUGUUCGUUUUGUAGGGCUUUCCCUCUGGGAACUCUGAGGACUCUCCGAAAUGGAGACUCACGGCAUUAUGAAAGCUUUUCCGAAGGUGAAGAGGGCCCGUUCAGCCCCCGUUCAGGGAAAGGGGACACCUCCACUUAAGAAAACCUCGACUCAAACAGUGACUGGAAAUGUGUUUCAAGGUGUCUUCAUCCACAUAGUCCCUGCUGGCAUUGGAAAAGCCCGGUGUGACAUAUUCCACCAACAGAUCGUUCAAAACGGGGGCCAGGUGGAAGCUACCUUUAGUCCCAGUUGCACCCAUGUAGUUGUGGACGAGUCAGUAGAUCGAGAGCGGGCAUUGAGGCUGCUGAAGAUUGAAGUGCUACCUCCUGCGGUAGAGCUGGUGAAGUGCACUUGGCUCAGUGCCUGCAUUUCAGAAAAACAACUUCUGACCACCAAAGACUACAGUCUUCUUCCAGCUGGCAGUCCUCAGCAUGUUCCUGCUGAAGAGCCAAAAGAUAGUAUGCUGGGCACCACCUCAGUUCCUGAGGAAACGGCACUACAGCCUGAUCCCAAAACAGCCCAAGAUGACCCAGCAGAGAUGGUGCCGGAGAGUCAAGAUGAACAUCUUGAGGAAGAUGGUGUGUCACAGGACGACUUGGAUGCUUUGGUCCGUGGAAUUAAACCCAAAGUGGGUGUUCCAGACGAAGCCCAGAAUGUGACGGAAAAGCCUGCUUUACCGGGGAAGUGGGUCUGCGCCCAAUCGUCUGAAGCCAAGGGCAUGAACUACAACAAGCACAUUACUGACAAGCUGGAGCAGUUAUCCAAAGUUUACACCCACACAGGGGACAAGUGGAGAGCCCUGAGCUACUCUAAAGCUGUUAAUGCCCUCAAGAGCUACCACAAGCCUGUCUCUUCAUAUGAGGAAGCGUAUCAAAUCCCAGGCAUUGGCAAAAGCAUGGCGACUAAGAUUGUGGAGAUCAUGGACAGUGGGCACCUGAGGAAGUUGGACCAGUUUGGGGAGGCUGUGCCUGUCCUGGAGAUGUUCACCAACAUCUGGGGUGCUGGUGCAAAGACAGCCCAGCUUUGGUAUCAACAAGGAUUUCGUACACUGGAGGACAUUCGCACCAAGGCAACUUUGAACCACACUCUAAGAAUCGGCCUGAAACACUAUGAUGACUUCCUUGAUCGGAUGCCAAGAAGCGAGGCUGCUGCCAUCGAGAAAACGGUGAGGGCGGCGGCCCACAGUGUGAACCCGGAGCUGCUGGUGGUGGCGUGUGGCUCGUACCGCCGUGGGAAGACCACUUGUGGAGACGUGGAUGUGCUCAUAACUCAUCCGGAUGGCACCUCACAUAAGGGCAUCUUCAGCAAAGUGCUCCACAUCCUUCACAACGAUGGUUUCCUGACUGAUGACCUGGUCAGCCACGAGGAGAACGGCGAGCAAAAGAAGUAUAUGGGUGUGUGCCACUUGCCAGGCCCGGGCCAGCGUCACCGAAGGCUGGACAUCAUCGUGGUGCCACAUGCAGAGUUUGCCUGCGCCCUGCUUUACUUCACCGGCUCUGCCCAUUUCAACCGCUCCAUGCGUGCCCUGGCAAAGACCAAAAACAUGAGCCUGUCGGAGCACUCGCUGAACUGUGAUGUGGUGCGCAACCGUGGUGUUAAAGUGCUACCAGGGAGACCACUGAGAACGCUGACUGAGGACGAAGUCUUUCAGCACUUGGGUAUACCUUACCGAGCACCUCAUGAAAGAGACUGGUAGCCGGAUGCUGCUGGGGCUGAGUAUGGCUAUUCAAAUACACCAGUAUCCAAACUGUUGCAGUAUUAGUUUCCUUAGGACUUGCCCACAUGUAUCUGGAUAUUUUUAACACAUUUUUUUUCCCUCUGUUUUCAAAGAAUCUUCGUCCACACCGGCAGCAUUUUUGAAAAUCUGUGUCCACACAAGAACGCACAGACUGCUCAAAAACGCUUGCAUGACCAUGCGAGCCCAGUAGUGGGAGAUGAUACCCCAUAACAUUUGAUGUCCUACAGCAGGGGUGUCUGAUCUUCUCCAGAAAGCGCAGGUGUGGCAGCAGGUUUUCAUUCCAGCAAAGCAGGAGCUCACAUGCUCAGCAGUUUUGAAGACAGAAACAAGAAUAAACAAGUGGAAUCAGGUGUGCUCCAGCUCAUUUUGUGUGAAAACCUGCAGCCACACCAGCCUUUUGAGGAUAACAUUGAACACCCCUGUCCUACACCUCAAGAAGAACAUUGUGAGCAUGCACACUGAGCACAAUUGAAGCUAAAGCAGAGAUUUUCUGAUAACAUGAUGGCAGCGUGUUCAGUAAUACAGUAGAUUUUGACGUGCAGGCCAUCAGCCCUUAAUAAUACAAUAUUUAAAAAGAUCCAGAGUCAGAUUUUUACCUACUUUAAAGCUACUGCUCACCAUGGGGUUGUUAGCAUUGCCAUGGCUGUGCCACCAUUUCUGAAGCAUCCACAUAGUCCUGAUCAGACUGAGAGGCUUUUUUCUAGAGGAGUUUUUGUAACUUUUUAUUCCGAUUAAACAAUGGAUUAAGGAUUUAUUUCAAAUCUGACUUUAGUUAAUGAUCAUUAGUCAAAUAUCUUUAAAAUCAUUGAGAGAUACCAUAUUAAAAAAAUAUUUUUAGUUGAGGUGACACUGCAUUUACCAGAAAGUACUUUCUGAAGCCUCUGAAAUAAGAAAAGCCAAAUUCAAUUAUAAACACACUAUCAUACAAAUGAUCUGCAUGAUAUCAGCGUUUUCAGAAAACUGUGUUUUGCUCAUCCACAUAAAAACUCUGAAAACGGUUUUCAAAAAUGCCUCUGUUUUGAUGUGGACAGAAGGCAAAAACAGAGAAAAAAAUUUCAAAAAUAUCCUGAUACAAUAAAAUUACAAACCAUUCUCCUUUGUUAGCAUUGUUAGCUUUCUUCCACUGUAAGAAUUUUGCAUUAAGCAAAAUCUAAGCAAAGCUAUAUAUGGGAAUAAUACAGACAAAAAGAUGAUACAUCUGUACAGGGCAGGUUGUCAUUCUGUAGGUCAGCUGGUAAUAUGAACACUGGAGCUGCUCUCAAAAAGGUAUGGAAGGGCGAGGGCAGCAUUAGUCUCACGGGGCCAGACAUUAUGGAGCGCACCAUCUCAACUUACUUUGAGCUCCGACUUCACAAGUUGUUGGAUUGGUUUACAUACUUCACACCCUAAAGUCUACUUUCCCACCCACAUUUAGCCCAAAAUAUCAUUACAUGAUCACGUCUGGCCCUGUGAGAACUAGGGCAGCUUCUACCAGCUAAUAAGAAAAGUGCAAUUUUUAAACAAACUGUGAUGCUGUGUUUUUCAGUGCCAGUCAUGGAGGCCAAAUGACACUUAUUAGUGUUUUUACUACUCAAAGACACCUGACUAAACUCGUCAGUCAUAUCUUGAGCCCAUCAGAUAUGUCAAACACAAAGGUGUAAUGCAUGGAUCACCCAUACACUAAGGCUGAGAACUACUUUUAUGCUUUGUUUUAAAAGUAUGUACGUAGUAAUCAUGAGCUUUGCUUACCGAACCUCAGAGUGCUGAGAGCUGAUCUAGGAACCCUUUUUACUGUAAAUAUCCUUAUGAAUUAAAUCAUGGAAAAGUGGAAACUGGCCCUACAUCACCUCUCUUUGUAACUCUGCUUUCAGGUAUGUAUUUAUUGCGCUAGUUGGUAUUAACUUAUAUAAUUUUAAUGGCCAUAUGGAUGUUGAAAAAUCAUACGGAUGCAAGUUGAAUGAAGGAAUAAUGUUAUGUUUUGGUUAUUGUACCUGUGUUUCCUAGACAGACUGCAUCAUAGCACUGUACUGCAUCAUCAGCACCUGCACUGUGCUGUCGGGAAAUGUUUUAGAAUGUACAGCUUUUGAUAAAGUAAUGCUGAAUGUGAAUAAUAAAUCACUACAAAGUA